UCAGUGUUGUUGAAGGAAGCGUGUUUUAACGAUUGCUAGUUGGCUAGUAUCAUCCCAGGCAGAAUUAGCUAGUUGCAGUUAACAUAAGGUUUUUAACAAACUAACUUCGUAACAUGUAGCUAGCUUGCUAGCUAUUAGCUACUGCUGUUUUUUAAUUUGAAAUGGCUGAAACGGUAAAUUCAACACGGAGAGGAUUUCUGGACUUCAGUCCAAUAAAGAGAGACGACACUAACAAGGAGAACGAUGUUCCCGUUUUGAUUUUGACCCUGUUUUCAAAGGCUCCUUUUCUGUCAUUUGGAACCGUAAAGUUGGGCACCUCCAAGUCUGUUGUUCUGCGUCUUGAGAACCCUACAGAGGAUGCCGAAGCGCAGGUUACUGUUGAAAAGGUCCCGUCAAGUAAAGGCUUCUCUGUGGACCGCAACACGUUCACGAUACAGCCUGAGGACUCAUUCAAUUUGACAGUAACCUGGACUCCAACAGAAGAAGGUGGGAUCAGAGAGCUCAUCAUCUUUAAUGCAAAUGGGAUCCUCAAACACCAAGCUGUACUGCUUGGGAGAGCAGAAGCACCCAAAAAGAAAAAGAAAAGCUUAUGGGACACAAUCAAAAACAAAAGGGAGGGUGAAAAAGUAGCCGUGCCCAGGAGAAAGAAAACCGAACAGCCCCUGAAGAUGGCUGCCAAUAAAACCUUCCAAGUGUCCCGAAAGUCACAGUACAAACGAGAAAAGCCCCGCAGCCCACUUGCUUCUCCUAAUGAGGGCAAAGCUGUCAGAGAGAGUUCCCUUUCCAAGGACUGUCCUGUUGACGAUUACUCUCCGAAUGUAGCGGAGAGGAAGGCCUUGAGUUCUGCCCUGAGGCAACGAUCUCUGGGCUUGUCAGACCAGGAGAACAUCCAUCACGUCCAGAGAAACUCUCCCCUUGCCCUGCUCGUACCAACUAAAGUGCUAACGGACUCUGGCAACAUGUCUGCUAGCCCAGAUGCUUUGGUAGGCAUACUGGAAAACAAAGAUCUUGCCAAAAUGCUCAACCGGACGCUGUCACCAAUAGGGACACCAGAGAUGUUCAAGAAGCUCAUGCCGCGUAUUCAGUCAGAUAGCCCACUCUUUGCUACUGUGAAGUCAGUGGCUGAUGAUGCGGACAGUGGGUUGACUGGAACCCCGGUGCCAUCGCUGAAAGAUGCACUGGCCCUCAUUGACUCUGAUCUGAUCCACAUUAACACCAGUCCUCGAGACACGAGUUUGAGCGGUGGCUUUUCAGACUCACUGGAAUCUAAGAGUGGGAGUCCCGUCUGUGGCCCUAAAAUAAAUGCCCUCAAAGCAUUCCCUGAGCCCAGUGAGCCAAGACUUACUUUCUUUGUCAGCAAAAAGGUUGUAAGUGAGAAUGUUGUUGUUUCCGAGGCCGAUAAUGCUGGGGUCAGAAAGGCCUCCUUUACCUCUGCCACAGUGACCAAGAGCAAAGCACCAGUGGAGGCAAACCUUUCAAGUGAUAGGAAAAUAAAGAAGUCAAGGCGAAGGCUCUUAGAAAAAACACUGGAGCUGUCUGACGGCGGCAGUCAGUGUGAGCCUGGACUAGGCACUCCCAACCUUCCUGUUAUAGACCCAGACAGAGAAAUCAAGAACUGUCAAAGCUCAGAAGCUGCCAGCUCCCUGUGUGAUGAUAGACACCAAGCCCAGGAGUUUUCCUCCUGCAGCCCGACUUUACGGCUUGACAGCUCACCUACACCCAUCUCCUUCCCCGUCACCUCCCCUCCUUCUGUGGCCCCCGGUCGCUUCUCUUUCCCAGCCACUUCCUCACCUCAUGCAGCUCCUGCUUCCAUCGCUUUUACUGUCACCUCUCUGUCACCCCUGGGCUCAUCUUCUCCACACAUGUCUCCAACUCUUACGGCACCUCCGUCCGCUCAGGAAGACUCCUUUCCCAUUCUCAUGGCAGUGAAGAGCAAGAAGAGGAAGAGUGAGGAGUAUUUGAAAAGUGAUGCGAAGAUUGUGGAUCCUGGGAAGCCUGAGCGUGUCAAAAGGAGCAGGGGGGUAGCUGGAAAAACUGAGGCCCCAAGAUCGAUCCAGGAGAGGAGAAGUGCAUCACAGAGACAACAGCCAAGAACAGCAGGCUCGGUGCGAUCAAUGACAACCUUGUCUCUAAGGACUGCAAGGUCUGUGGUUCCUGCCCAGGCAAAGCCAUCCAGCUCCAAACUCUCCUCACGAGGUGCCCGGUCAGCUGUAGUUGCUGUAGCCCAGUCAAAGCUGACUUUCAUUAAGCCGGCGCAAACAGCCAUACCGAGGCACCCGAUGCCAUUUGCAGCCACGAACAUGUUCUAUGAUGAGAGGUGGAUUGAGAAGCAGCAGAGGGGUUUCACAUGGUGGAUCAACUACGUUCUCACCCCAGAUGACUUUAAAGUCAACACAGAAGUUGCUCAUGUGAAUGCUGUGUCCCUCGCCAUGGGCAGUGAUGACAAUUACAGUGGGCCUAAAGCUCCCACCAAAGAGGAGAUGUCUUUCAGCACCUACACGGCCCGGCGGAAGCUGAACCGCCUCCGUCGUUCUGCCUGCCAGCUGUUCACUUCUGAGGCCAUGGUCAAGGCUAUUCAGAGGCUCGAACUGGAGGUGGAGGCCAAGAGGCUGCUCGUCCGGAAAGACCGCCAUCUUUGGAAGGACAUUGGUGAACGAAGAAAAGUCCUCAACUGGCUUCUUUCAUACAAUCUGCUGUGGUUACGUAUUGGGCUCGAGACAAUCUACGGAGAGUUGAUCUCACUGGAGAGCAACAGUGAUGCCUUGGGUCUGGCUAUGUUCAUCCUCCAGCGGCUGCUCUGGAACCCCGACAUCGCUGCUCAGUACAGACACGCCAAAGUGCCUAAUCUAUACAAAGACGGCCACGAGGAGGCGCUGUCUCGCUUCACUCUGAAGAAGCUGCUCCUGCUGGUGUGUUUCUUGGACAAAUGCAAACAGUCCCGGCUGAUUGAGCACGACCCCUGUCUGUUCUGCUUGGACGCAGAGUUCAAGACAAGUAAAGACCUGCUCCUGGCCUUCUCCAGGGACUUCCUGAGUGGAGAGGGGAUCCUCCCCCGGCACCUCGGCUACCUGGGGUUACCUGUCUCCCACGCUCAGACGCCCCUGGACGAGUUCAACUUUGCUGUGAAGAAUUUGACAGUUGACUUGAAAUGCGGCAUUCGUCUAGUGCGUGUGAUGGAGCUCCUCAUCCAGGAGUGGAGUUUGUCGGCCAAGCUCCGUCUGCCAGCCAUCAGCCGUCUGCAGAAGGUCCACAACGUCGACAUUGCUUUGCAAGUGCUCAAAAGUAAAGGGGUCGACCUCAAGGAUGAACACGGCUCCAUCAUCGAUUCCAGAGACAUUGUGGAUGGACACAGAGAGAAGACACUAAGCCUCUUGUGGAAAAUCAUCUUUGCGUUUCAUGUGGAGGUGAUUUUGGACGAGGAUCAGCUGAGGGAGGAAAUUGGCUUCCUUAAGAAAACCUUGAGGACCAAACGGAGGCUGGCGUCUCUGAGGGCCGACCAGGGCCUUCAGCCAAGUCCCGCAAAGACCAGGGUCCUGUAUGAACACAGCAGCACUAAGAUUACCCUGCUGAUGGACUGGGCCCGCGCUGUGUGUGACUUCUACAAUCUCAAGGUGGAGAACUUCACAGUGACGUUCUCGGAUGGCCGCGUCCUCUGCUACCUUAUCCACCACUACCACCCAUGUCUACUCCCAGAGAGGGCUGUCAGUCACAGCACCACCCAAACUGUCGAGUGCUCACCGAGGGGUCGCCUGGAGCUCGACUGCUCAGCCAGCGAUUCUGACAACUCCUUUGACUCUUUGCCGACAGCCUUGAACGGCCCAGAUUCAGUGGACUUUAAAGAGCUACUGGAGAAUGAGAAAAACAACUUCAGACUGGUCAACACGGCUGUGUCUUUCCUGGGUGGAGUUCCUGCCAUGAUCAACCCAGGUGACAUGUCCAACACGAUCCCCAAUGAGAAGGUUGUGAUGUCCUACCUGUCCUUCUUGUGUGCUCGUCUUCUGGACCUGCGGAACGAAACCAGAGCAGCUCGGGUCAUACAAGGCGCCUGGAGGAGAUACAGAUUAAAGAAGGAUCUGCAGCUCUACAAGGAGAGAAACUUGGCCGCUGUGAAACUCCAGUUAGUUGUGAGGAGUUUUCUCCAGAAGCGCAGAGCUAAGAGGCAGAAUCAAGCUGCCGUUGUCAUCCAAUCAGUCUGGAGGUGUUAUGUAGCCCGCAACAGGCUGAGGCUAAAAAAACAGGCUAAACUUUGGGCUCUGCAGCAUGAAUCUGCAACCGUCAUCCAGGCUCAGUGGAGGAUGUUUUCGGCCAGGAGGGCUUACCAAUGCCUUAGAUACCAAGCCAUUGUUGUCCAAGCACAAUGGCGAAUGAAGAGGGCAGCUGCUGCUUAUGGAAGAAUCUAUUGGGCGGCAACUGUCAUUCAGAAGAACUCGCGAGCAUGGGCUCUGUCAAAAAGAGAUCGGAAACAUUAUCUCUCCCUUAGAGCAGCACUGGUGAAAAUACAAAGGGGGUACAGAAGAUGGAAAACCCAGAAAACUGAAAAGGAAAACUGUGCUGCCAAAGUGAUACAAGCUGCGUUCAAGCAAUGGUAUGAGGAGAAAAUGGCUAAAAGAACUGCUACCGCUUUGAGGAUUCAGUCCUGGUAUAGAAUGCAGAGGUGUGUCCAUCAAUACAGAAAGAUCCUGAAAAGCACUGUGCUCAUUCAAGCCCAUUACAGAGGUCAUGCACAGAGGCGCUGCUUUCAGAUGUUAAAACUGCAGCACCACUCGGCUAUUGUCAUUCAAAGUGCGUUCAGAGGACAUGCUGUCAGAAAACAGGUGGCGAAGAUGAGACGCGCUGUCGUCCUAAUCCAGCGCUGGUUCAGGGCCUCCGUGGAAAGAGACUUUGAAAGGCAAAUGUUUGUGAGGAUGAAAUGUGCUGCCAUUACCAUACAGGCAUCUUAUCGUGGAAAAAUGGCUCGGGAGUCCCUCAAUAAACAGCACCAGGCAGCAACAGUAAUCCAGGCAGCUUUUCGGAAGUAUGCAGCCCAAAGGCGCUACCUUGUGCUGAGAAAAGCUUCAACUGUGAUACAGCAAAAGUACAGAGCCACAAUUUUGUCCCUUAAGACAAAGCAGGAUUAUGAUUCUCUUAGGAAUGCUGCACUUGUCAUACAAGCUAACUGGAGAGGCAAAGCUGACAGGAAGAGGAUAGGGAGGCGACACCAGUGUGCUACACUGAUACAGGCUCACUACCGUCGGCACAAAGCACAAGCAGAAUACAGGUCCAAGAAGGCCUGUACUGUGGUCAUACAGCGUCACUACAGAGCUUAUGUGGCAGGAAAAGAGAUGAGGAAAGCGUAUGAGCACAUAAGAGCAGCCUGUGUUACACUCCAAGCUGGAUUUAGAGCCAUGAGAGUUAGGACAGAGCUGAAGAAAAGUCACUGGGCAGCGACUGUCAUUCAGGCUUCAGUUAGGAUGUUUUUAUGUCGGAAACGGUAUUUCUUCCUACAAAGUGCAGCAAUUAUCAUCCAAAGCCGAUACAGAGCUCUUCUUCUCUGCAAGGCACAACAAAAAGAAUACAAAGAGCUAAAGCAGGCCACCGUAAAGAUACAAGCUGUCUACCGGGGAUUUAGAGUGAGAGAUGACCUAAAGAAGAAGCACAACUCUGCCAGAGCAAUCCAAGCUCAUUUCAGGAUGCACAGAAUGCGUAUGGCUUACCUUGCCACCAAGUUUGCUGCCAUCAUUAUUCAGGAACGCUACAGGGCCAAAAUGCUCAGGGAUCAACAGGUGCAGAGUUACAGGACCAUGAAAUCUGCAGCUGUAGUCAUCCAGGCAGCAUAUCGUGGCCACAGGGCCAGGAGGAAGAUUGUAGAGAUGCACCGAGCUGCUACAAUCAUUCAGAGAAAGUUUCUCACCAUUUGGGAUAGAAAUAUGUUCUUAGCGCUCAAGGCAGCUGCGUUGGUUUGUCAGCAGAGGUACAGAGCAGUAACUCUGGCAAGAAAAGACCGUUUGGACUAUCUGUCAAAGCGCAGCGCAGUCAUUUGUCUGCAGGCAGCCUACAGAGGAUGUAAAAUCAGAAAGCAGUUGCGCAUCCAGCACAUGGCAGCUGUAACAAUUCAGUCUCACUUCCGAAAGUACCAGCAGAGAACCUAUUACACAAAGCUUCACAGGACUGCCAGUGUUUUGCAAGCACGUUACAGAGCCAACAAGAAAAUGAGAGAGGAGAUGCAAGCCCUGCGUGCCAUGAGAAAUGCUGCUGUUGUCUUACAAGCUGCCUUCCGAGGAAUGAAAUCCCGUGAAAUUACUAAACAAAGGCAUCAAGCUGCCCGUGUUAUCCAGAGAGGUUACAGAACAUACAGUGAACACAAGCAGUAUUUGACUUUGAAAUCCUCCGUCAUCACCAUUCAGCGGAGGUAUCGGGCCACUGUAGCCGCAAAGGAGCAAAUGCAAAAAUACCGAAAAAUGCGCAGUGCUGCUGUUGUCCUCCAGGCAGCAUACAGAGGCCAGCAGGUCAGAAAGGAGGUUGCUCAAUGUCAUCAGGCUGCCACCGUGAUCCAGUCAGCAUUCAGAAAGCACAGAGAGGAAGUCAAGUUCCAGGCCAUGCGUCUUUCCGCCAUUAUCAUCCAGAGAUACUAUCGCGCCUGUAUUCUUCAGAGGCAAGAAAGGGAAAGGUUCCUAAAUAUGAGACAUUCUGCCAUUAUUCUUCAGGCAGCUUUCAGAGGUCAUCGAGUGCGAACCAACAUUGCCAAGAUGCACAGGGCCGCUACUGUCAUCCAAGCAAACCUCAAGAGACAUAAACAGCAGUCAGCCUUCAGGAAGCAACGCUGGGCAGCCUGUGUCUUUCAGCAGAGGUUUAGAGCUCAGAGACAGAAAACAGUUGAGGUAAAACAUUAUCAACAGCUCAGAAAAGCUGCUAGUACGUUGCAGGCUGCACAUCGUGCAAUGAAAUUAAGGCAGAACAUCAAACAAAGGCAUCAGGCUGCCCAUGUUAUCCAGAGAGGUUACCGGACAUACAGUGAACACAAGCAGUAUCUGACUUUGAAAUCCUCCGUCAUCACCAUUCAGCGGAGGUAUCGGGCCACUGUAGCCGCAAAGGAGCAUAUGGAAAAAUACCAAAAAAUGCGCAGUGCUGCUGUUGUCCUCCAGGCAGCAUACAGAGGCCUGCUGGUCAGAAAGGAGGUUGCCUACAGUGGCCGAUACCUCCGCUGA